CGUCCCCGGGAAGAUGGUGGAGGAGGAGCAGGCCGUCCGCGUGGUCCGCUGCGGCGGCAGCGAGCUGAACCUGAGGAGGGCGGUGUUCUCCGCGGACUCCAAGUACCUCCUCUGUGUGUCCGGAGACUUCGUCAAGGUGUACAGCACAGCCACGGAGGAGUGCGUGCACGUGCUGCAGGGCCACCGGGACCUGGUGACCGGCAUCCAGCUCAACCCCAACAACCACCUCCAGCUGUAUUCUUGUUCCUUUGAUGGCACGAUUAAGCUGUGGGACUACCUCGAUGGCAUUUUGAUAAAGACUUUCACAGUUGGGCACAAACUUCACGCCCUCUUUACUCACGCGCGUGCUGAGGAUUCUGUCUUCGUUACGAUAAAUAAAGAAAAGCCAGAUGUGUUCCAGCUCGUCUCCGUGACGCUGCCCCGCACGCCCCGCCAGGACGCCGAGGCCGGGGAGCCCUGCCUGGUGCUGGACUACAUCAGCCCGUCGCCCAAGUGCGUCGCCUUCGGGAGGCAGGGCGACUACGUGGCCGCCGUGCGCGACUUCUACUUGUCUGUGUACUUCUUCAGAAGGAAGGCCACGUCCAGGUUUACUUUGUCAUCGUCAGGAAACAGGAAACACGCUAAGAACAACUUCACAUGUGUGGCGUGUCACCCGAAGGAAGACUGCAUAGCGACCGGGCACAAGGACGGCAAGAUCCGCCUCUGGAGAGGUUUUGAUGAUGAAAAGAAAUACACGUACACGUGUCUGCACUGGCACCAUGACCUGGUCAUGGACCUGGCUUUCUCAGCGACGGGCAGCAGCCUGCUGAGCGGCGGCCGGGAGUCGGUCCUGGUGGAGUGGCGCGACGCGGCCGAGAAGACCAAGGAGUUCCUGCCGCGCCUGGGGGCCACCAUCGAGCACAUCGCCGUCUCGCCGGCGGGGGACCUGCUCUGCACCUCCCACGCCGACAACAAGAUCAUCGUCAUUGGCCGGAACCUGGAGGCCUCCGCCGUGAUCCAAGGCCUGGUGAGAGACAGCAGUGUCUUGACGGGCUUGAUGAUUGAUCCGAGAACGAAAGCUUUGGUUUUGAACGGGAAGCCUGGCCAUUUGCAGUUCUAUUCUCUCCAGAGUGAUAAGCAGUUAUACAACCUGGACAUUGUGCAGCAAGAAUACAUCAAUGACUGCGGCCUGGUCCAGAUCGAGCUGACGAAGGCUGCGUUCGGCUGCUUCGGUGCCUGGCUCGCAACCGUAGAACAGCGUCAGGAGAAGGAAGGGGAGCUGGACCUGCAGAUGAAGCUGUGGACGUACAAUAAGAAGACUCAAGGGUUUCUUCUCAACACCAAGGUUAGCGCACCCCACGAGGACGGCAUCACCGCCCUGUGCUUCCGCAACGCAGAGAGGUCCGACAGCCCCACCUUGGUCACGGCCAGCCGGGACGGCCGCUUCAAAGUGUGGGUCUUGGCCGACGACUCGGACAUCUACAGACAGGCUGUGGGCUGGACCUGCGACUUCGUGGGCAGUUACCACAAGUACCAGGCGACCACCUGCUGUUUCUCGGAAGACGGCUCGCUGCUGGCCGUCGGCUUCGAGGAGACGGUCACCAUCUGGGAGGCCGAGACCUGGGAGCUCAGGUGCACGUUUUGUCAGCGAGCUGGGCACGUGCGGCACCUCUGCUUCGGGAGGCUGACUUGCUCCAAGUACCUUCUGGGAGCCACUGAGAACGGGACCCUGUGCUGCUGGAACCUGCUGAGCUGUGCACUGGAGUGGAGCACAAAGCUGAACGUCACCGUGAUGGAGCCGGACCCGCGCUCGGAGAACGUGGCCGCCGUCGCUCGGUCCUCAGGGGGCUCGCACUUGUUCGUGUUCAAACCGAGCGAGCCGAGGCCGCUGUACGUUCAGAGGAACAUCUGCGGCGAGGAGGUCCGGUGGGGCGUGUUUGUGCCUCGGGACGUCCCCGAGGCGCUCACCUCCGAGGCACUGCAGUGGCUGAACAGGUCCCAGUUCUACUUCCUGACGGCGUCGCAGAGUCUGUUGACGUUCAGCUCAAAGUCUCCCGAAGAGAAACUCACACCAACAAGCAAGCAGCUGCUGGCAGAAGAGAGCCUGCCGACCACCCCGUUCUACUUCCUCCUGGGGAGGCACCGGCGGCAGCAGGGGGAGCAGGCGGAUGGCGCCUCGGAGAGCGAGCUGGUGCAGCUGCCCGUAACGGAGAACGUCCCUGCCAUCAGCGAGCUGCUUCACACCCCCGCCCACGUGCUGCCCUCGGCUGCCUUCCUGUGCUCCCUGUUCGUCAACUCCCUGCUGCUGGCCACGGAGGCCCGGAGUGCUGAAGAAAUGCCUGACGAUGUGGACAUGGAAGAAGGAGGAGAAAGGGACAGUUCAGAGGAGGAAGACGCUGCCCCUGGAAAGGUCCAGCAUGCGGAUCUCACGGACGUGGGAGACGGAGACGGCCUUCGGCAGCAGCUGUCCAGGUGCGAAGAGAAGGAGCUGCGGAAGCUCCGGAGAGCGGACUACAGCUGGGUGGCUGUGCCCUAAGCCCGGGGGCUCUGGCACUCUUUCUGUUGCAUGUUGAUGCUCCAAAAACACCUCAAUUAAUGUUAUUUCUGUUUUCAAAAUAAAUAUGAACAGGCUUUCCUUUUUAAAUAACUGA